AUGCGCUGCACCGUCCUCAUCGGCUCUCUCUUCGCCGCCUUGGCCAUCGCUGCCCCUACCCCUAUCGAUGCAGAGGAUGCCGUCGCUGUCGACAAGCGCUGUACCGCAUACACUUGCUCCAACAUAGAGACCGACAAGUGGCGGGAAAAGAACUCGCCCCGCCCUGGCGAGAGCUCUGGGGUUUCUGAUACUAUCAAGAAGUUGAUCUCGCGUGGGGAAUGA